UGAUAAUACCGUACACGACUAGGACCCCCUUCAGUGUUUGCCUAUAGCCCUCACAGUGAAGUCAAGAGUUAUCAUUUUUUUUUUAAUAUUACAAAUCAUUUUAUCCGAUCAUUUUUACAUUUAUUUAUUAUUCCAUCAUUAUUCCGUCAUUAUUGAGUCGUUUAUCGAUUGCAGACAGUGACGGAGAAAUGGCGCGAAAUGAUGGUGAUUACUUCGAUUUUUUGAAAUAGUUCGGGAAUUACGAGGGGACUGAUUUUUUUGGGGGGGAUUAGGUUUAUUGGGGUGUCGAGAUGCUGUUCAAGGGGAAUAGCUCGAGGCUGGAGUUUUUGAUUGAGAAAAUUCAAGCUCAUAAGGAGUCGCCAUCCCCUCUGCCAGAGGAGAAGUGCAGUGUCAAGUUGAAAGAUGGAUUAUUGGGUGGCAGUUACUCUUGGCGAAGUGAGGAAGACAGUUUGACAUGUCAACGAGGUGGUGGCACCCCUUCGUCGUGUGCCACCUCGACGUCCCAGAGUUUUCCAUCGGAAACUGAAAUCGAUGGAGAUUUGCGGAUUAACACUGACUCCCACAACUCAUCUGGUCCAUACUCAUGUCAAUUUUGUGACAAAACAUUCCCCAGUCUGAGUUGUCUCAAGAAACACGAGCAGACCCAUGGCGAUCAAAUGCCAUACAGAUGCAGCUGGUGCGCAAGAUUGUUCAAACACAAACGAAGUAGAGAUCGCCACGUGAAACUACACACUGGGGACCGAAGAUACCGUUGUACCCACUGUGAAGCAGCAUUUUCACGAAGUGAUCACUUGAAGAUUCACAUGAAGACACACGAUAACCAGAAGCCGUACCACUGCACGGAGUGCUCGAGAGGUUACAACACAGCAGCAGCGCUAACCUCUCACAUGCAGUCACACAAAAGGCCACCGAGUACGCCCCACUGUCAGCGUUCCCUCCCAACAUCCUCACCGCCAGCAAUCGCAUCCCCAGAUCACCAGCCAAAGCUCCAGUACCACUCCCCCCUCCACCUGACCUGCAUGUACUGCAGGGACACCUUCUCCUCGAUGGAGCAACUCCAGGUGCACGUGCAAACGUCCCACGAGGCACUCCUACCCCUCCCAAGUCCGUCCUCCUCUUCACCAGAGGCUAAUGACUGUCGAAGACUCAGAGCGAAACCCUCAGACCUGGAGGAUUUGACCUGCAGACGAUGCGCCACGAAAUUCAGCAAGCUAUCUUCACUCCGAGAGCACCUGGUCUCAGCACACAAUGACGGACUCACCACGUUGACCUGUCCCCUGUGCUCGAAGCCCUGCUCAUCAGCUACAGCAUACGCCGAGCACUACGUACUCGAGCACUGCGAGAACAAGAGCAUCAUUCCACGCUCGAAACCAGAGAUCGACAAGUUGUACGAAUCACCGAAGUCGAAUUAUUUAUCAGGCACACUUCUCUGUGGUCAGUGUGGUGCAGCACUCAAGGACUUCGAGUCCUUCAGGACACACCUUGCAAGACAUCUGCAUGCCAACCAGCAAGCAGCUGCUGGAAUCGGUUGUCCAAAGUGUGAGCUCAAAUUUCAGGUGCGUGAGGAUAUGCUGAUGCACCUGACGAAGCACUUCAUGGGACAAAUCGUCAAGAAGUUCUGCUGCGAUGCAUGCGAUGAACUCUUCGGGGACUCGAAGAGCCUCCAGAAGCACCUGCUGGAUAUCCAUGCACACCACCUCUUCCGGUGCGAGAUAUGCAGGGACACGUUUGACUCAGUCGUCGGAAUUCAGGUGCAUUUCACCGUCAAGCACUCGCAGGAGGCCAGCCUUUACCCCUGCAACUCCUGCAGGGGCAGAGGUGGAUCAGAGCCUGGAGAAGGAUUCAGAACGCCUGGAGAGCUUCUGGAUCACGUGAGAAAUGUGCAUGCCUCCGAUCUGAAUUCCCCAGGGAACUCAGUCUCAACUCCUAAAGUCGUCGGUGAGUUCUUCAGGUGCGGCUUCUGUGGGAUAUUCUGCCCGUCGGACAGCGAUCUUCAGCAUCACCUCGCCAGCCACUCAACGUGUCUCUUUCGUUGUCCCAUCUGCAGAGAAGGCUUCCCCGUCGAAUUCCUUCUCGAUAAACACAUGGCGAGUGCUCACAAUUUAAUUGGACAAUCGGAAGACUCCGAGGAGAAAUCCUCGUUGAAGAGACGACGCUCACCAGACUUCAACAGCAAUAUCAAUCAGCAAGAACAGUCCUUUGGCAAUCCAACGACACCAGGACGACCUCAUCACUGCGAUCUCUGCGACAGGUCUGACUUUUCGAGUGACUCUGAGCUCAAGGCGCACAAGAAACUCGCUCACAAGACAGUUUCAUCGAAAGUACAGAAGCUGUCGACUUCAUUCGUCUGCAGUUACUGCGGCGAGGGUCUGCGAUCCAGACUAGAGCUUGAGUCUCAUACCAGGGUCCACCAUGCCCCUGCAGACCCAGGUAAAAAAUACAAAUGCAACAUCUGUGAUGAAGUCUUCUCGUCCGGCAGCUUUCUCGCUGAGCACAAGCUUCAGAAGCACUGCAAGAUACAGAUCAGCGAUAUUUGUGUUGUCUGCAGGUGCACCCUCGCCAGCGAGAGGGACUUCCUGGAGCAUGUGCAUAAACACAGCUUGGAGGGGCUUGAGGGGAGAGAGGCAAUUGUCAGCCACGUACCAGCUCAUUGCGUUGUUUGCCGGCAGACGCUUAUCAGUGAGUUUGAAUGCCAGCUUCAUGCCAAGUUUCAUCUGAGAAGUGAGGAUGAGGAGCGCGGUGAUAUCGGUAGCUGUUGUAUUUGUCUGAGAGAAGUUGGAGAGGGUGAGAGGGUCUCUCUACCGGCCAACGAUGCAAGCGAACAGGGGCUCAAAGUAUGCAAGAGGUGCUUCCUCAGGCACUCGCAGGGGUUGCCCAUUUUGACGAGCCCCUAUGAGGUAUGCAAGGAGGAGGGCGACGUCGCGGUCAAGGAGGAGGACGAAUCCUCCAGCGAGAAGGAAAAUGAUUCUACCCGUCCAUAUGACUGUCCAUGUUGCAGUCAAAGGUUCAACUUUAAAAGUGAACUGGAGUAUCAUGUGUCGACACAUGAUGAUAAAGAUGCAUCAAAAGACACUUCAGACAGUGUCAUUGUUAAAGAGGAGAUUGUUGUGAAUACUGGGGAAGAUCAAAGCGAUGACAGGAGUGACACCUCCGUGGACGAUAAAGUUGACUAAUUUCUAGUGCAUGUUACGGGGGAUGAAUGAGGGAUAUUAUUCCGAGGGUGGGUGAAGGUGCAAUCGAUCCAUCGAGGGGAGGAAAUAUUUUUAAGUGGAGAAUCCUCAGGCUCGAUGGAUCUUUCCCUUUGCUCUCGUUUUUAUUAUUUUUUGGGGAAUUAAUAUUUUACAGGUAGGAGUAGACAAAGUCGUAAUUUUUUAAUGACUGUGAAUUACUAGACAACGCUUCCGUCUAAUGCAUAUCAAGAGCUAAUUAUUACCGAUUAAUAUGUUGAGA